GUUCAAUCGAACUUAUUCGGAACGGUUUACAACACUAGUGUAUCCGCCUGUCAAAUUUUUCUUUCUUUCCCAGCCACGACUAGCGAGGGUCGACAGCAUGAGUUCUCUAAAGCUCCAAAAGAGGCUCGCAGCCUCCGUACUGCGAUGCGGCAAGAAGAAGGUUUGGUUGGAUCCCAAUGAAAUCAAUGAAAUUGCCAACACAAACUCGCGUCAAAACAUACGCAAACUGAUCAAGGAUGGUCUGAUCAUCAAGAAGCCAGUCGUAGUGCAUUCCCGCUACCGUGUGCGCAAGAACACCGAGGCCCGCCGCAAGGGCCGUCACUGUGGCUUUGGUAAGCGCAAGGGUACGGCUAACGCACGUAUGCCCACCAAGCUGCUGUGGAUGCAACGCCAGCGUGUCUUACGUCGUCUGCUGAAGAAGUACCGCGACAGCAAGAAGAUCGAUCGCCAUCUGUACCACGAUUUGUACAUGAAGUGCAAGGGUAAUGUGUUCAAGAACAAGCGCGUCCUCAUGGAGUACAUUCACAAGAAGAAGGCCGAGAAGCAGCGCAGCAAGAUGCUUUCCGAUCAGGCCGAGGCACGCAGACAGAAGGUGCGUGAGGCACGCAAGCGUCGUGAGGAGCGCAUUGCUACCAAGAAACAGGAGCUCAUCGCCUUGCACGCCAAGGAGGAUGAGAUUGCUGCCAAGGCAGCCACUGCUGCGGGUCAUUAGGUCGAUAAUGUUUAAAUAAUUGUUUAUCAAGUGGAAUAAAAAGCAGACAUUUUAGUUUGGCCGAAAUGAUUUUGUACAAACGUGGAAAAAAAAAA